AUGGCAAACAACGGACGAGGACCUCGACAACAGCCCCGUAGAAACGCCAAUAGAGGCAAUGAAGACAAUUUGCGAGAUCCACGUGACAUUGAGGAAAUUGCACGGCUACAGCAACGAGUCCGGGACUUGGAAUUGCAACAGGAAGAACGUGUUGAGGAGACAGAGACGGACACUAGAAUCUGGGAUGAUGGUGCGGGGUUUGGCAACCCAUUUGGUCGGAGACGACCUUGUCGAGAGACACAAGCGACUGACCAAAUUCGUAACCUUGGGGUCAAGAUUGAAAUUCCCGAUUUUGAUAGGAGAGCUCAAGUAGACGAGUUUAUCGAUUGGCUGAGCACAGUUGAACGCGUUUUUGAGUUAAAGGACAUUCCCGAUAAUCUGAAGGUAAAACUCGUGGCCCUUAAACUUAGAAAAUAUGUUUCGUUAUGGUGGAAUCAUGUCAGGAAGACGAGGGUUCAGGAAGGAAGAUCGAAAGUUGAGACAUGGGACAAAAUGAAGAAACUGUUGUGCGAGAAGUUUCUUCCAACAAACCAUCGACAAGAGGUCUUCUUGGAGUACCAUAGCUUGUCCCAACGGGCGUCUACCGUUGAAGGAUUCAUUAACGAAUUUGACAGAUUACGAAUGCGUCUAGCCUUAAAGGUUGAGAAACAACUCAAAGGGAAAAACAAAAGUGUUGGCUCUAAAUGGGGAACCACCAAAACCGAUGUUGUUCGAUCUCCAUCAAAUUUCUCACCUGCGAGUGGAAGUAAGCCCAGCCCAAGAAAGGUUGAAGGUACCCGUGGACCAGCUACAUCUUCUACGACUCACACCACCAGAUUAAAUCGUUGUUUCAAAUGCCAAGGAAUAGGUCAUUUCGCACGAGAUUCUCCUAAUCAGCAACUUGUUACGCUCACUGAAGACUUACAACCCACGUUUGACACUGAAAACGAAGAAGACGAAGAAGAAGAAGAAGAGAGAAGCAAGAUCAUUUAUCCAGACAAGGGUGAAGCUUUGGUAGCCCAGCGAGUUCUUAAUGUUACACCUACCUCUACAAUUGACGACACUUUAUGGCUUCCUAACAACAUCUUUCGCACAAAAUGCACAACCAAGGGUAAAGUAUGUACUCUCAUCAUUGACGGGGGUAGUUGCGAGAACAUGGUAGCCCUGAGUAUGGUGGAAAAACUAGCACUACCAGUAGAGCCACAUCCAGAUCCUUAUCAGUUGACUUGGCUGAAGAAAGGGAAUGUUGUCAAGGUUAGUCAACGGUGUCUUGUACAAUUCUCCAUCGGGAAUAAGUAUUCUAAUGAAGUGUGGUGUGAGGUAAUCCCCAUGGAUGCAUGCCACGUAUUAUUGGGGCGACCUUGGCAAUAUGAUCGACGUACAAAACAUGACGGUUUCAAAAAUACGUAUUCGUUUAGAAAAGAUGGGAUUAAUGUCACGCUAGUACCCCUCGACACCCGAGAGACGGGAACCGAAGCCCUCAUCCUAACAAAAUCGGCCUUCCUCGACUUUACCCAACACACUACACCCCCGAUUAUGUAUGCUCUCUUGAUCGUAGAACAAAAUAAACUUCGUACAGAGACACCACUUGCGGUUCAACCUCUUCUUACAGAAUUCCAAGAUGUGUUUCCUGAUGAAAUACCCGCCGGAUUACCACUCAUGAGAGAAAUCCAACACUGCAUAGACUUUGUCCCCGGUGCAAUCAUACCAAAUAAACCAGCGUACAGGAUGAAUCUGAAGGAGUUUGAGGAGUUACAUAGACAGGUGACCGAGCUUCUUGAAAAAGGGCUUAUUCGGGAAAGCAUGAGUCCUUGUGUUGUCCCUGCAUUAUUAGUACCUAAACAAGGAGGUACCUAUCGGAUGUGCAUUGAUAGUCGGGCCGUAAAUAAAAUCAGUAUCAAGUACCGCUUCCCUAUACCCCGUUUUGAGGACCUUCUUGACCAGUUACAUGGCACGUCAAUCUUUUCUAAAACCGACCUUUGUAGUGGUUAUCACCAUAUUAGAAUGCGCCCCGAGGAUGAGUGGAAAACAACCUUUAAGACACGUGAUGGGCUUUACGAGUGGAUGGUCAUGCCAUUUGGCCUCUCAAACGCCCCUAGUACGUUCAUGCGCUUGAUGAAUCAUGUGUUUAAAACCCUCAUCAGUCACUGUGUUGUAGUCUACUUUGAUGAUAUCUUGGUGUUUAGCAAUGAUGUGGGUCAACAUCUUCGACACUUACGAGAAGUUUUUUCUAUCUUGCAAGACCAAAAGCUAUUUGCAAACCGCACUAAAUGUCAAUUUUUGUCACCUGAAGUUCUUUUUUUAGGCUAUAUAGUUUCAGGAAAUGGCAUACGCAUGGAUGAGUCUAAGGUAGAAGCUAUCACAACUUGGCCCACACCUACAUCUGUUCAUGAGGUUAGAAGCUUUCAUGGGUUGGCUUCAUUUUAUCGUAGGUUUAUUCGAAAGUUUAGCUCCAUAGUUGCCCCUAUUACCGACUUCAUCAAGGGAAGUCAAUUCAUUUGGACGACCGCAGCUAAUCGUGCCUUUGAAGAAUUGAAAAAAAAAGGUCACUCAGGCCCCUGUGUUAGCAUUACCGAAUUUUCAUAG